UUAACCCAGCAGCUCGAACGCCGCUGCUUGCGAGCGGCAUUAGCGUGCGUCACAUGGGAUCGGGGUGGGGCUCGAACUCUAGCCAUUAAUACGGCCGGUGACCCAUCCCAUCGCGGCCGCCUCCCCCGCUUAAAUCCCGCGUCCAGGUCGCGCCCCGCUCCGCUUCCCCCACCACCUCGCCUCUCGCCGUCGUGAUCCGUCUCCGCCCGAUUGGCAGCAGCGCGCCCGGACACUUCGUCGUUUCCUCGUGGGGGUGGUUAGUAGACGCGGCGCGCCCCGGUUCUUCGACGAGAUGGACACCGCCAUGGCCGCCCCGGACGCCCCGCCGCCGGCCGUCGUGCUCGUCUCCGCCGGCGCCAGCCACUCCGUCGCGCUCCUCACGGGCAAUGCGCUGUGCUCGUGGGGCAGGGGCGAGGACGGGCAGCUCGGGCACGCCGACGCGGAGGACCGGCUCGUGCCCACGGUGCUGAGCGGGUUCGACGCUCCGGGGAUCACGUCAGUCAUCUGCGGGGCGGACCACACCACCGCCUACUCCGAGGACGAGCUGCAGGUCUACAGCUGGGGGUGGGGAGACUUCGGGAGGCUCGGGCAUGGAAAUUCCAGCGACGUCUUCACGCCUCAGCCGGUCAAGGCGCUACAGGGGAUUAAGAUCAAGCAGAUUGCCUGCGGGGACAGCCAUUGUCUCGCCGUGACCAUGGCUGGUGAAGUGCAGAGUUGGGGCCGUAACCAAAAUGGGCAGCUAGGCCUUGGAACUACUGAAGACUCGCUGCUCCCGCAAAAUAUUCAAGCUUUCGAGGGUGUUUGUGUGAAAAUGAUCGCUGCCGGUGCUGAACAUACUGCUGCAGUAACUGAAGAUGGUGACCUAUAUGGAUGGGGCUGGGGUCGAUAUGGAAAUUUAGGUCUUGGUGACCGUAAUGAUCGUCUGCUUCCUGAAAAAGUAUCUUCUGUGGAGAGUGAGAAGAUGGUGCUUGUUGCAUGUGGAUGGCGCCAUACCAUUACUGUUUCUUCCUCUGGUAAUCUGUACACUUACGGUUGGAGCAAAUACGGUCAACUGGGACAUGGUGAUUUUGAAGAUCAUUUAGUUCCACAUAAACUGGAAGCUUUGAAAGAUAGCACUAUAUCUCAGAUUUCAGGUGGUUGGAGGCAUACAAUGGCACUUACAUCAGAGGGAAAGCUUUAUGGAUGGGGAUGGAACAAGUUUGGACAAGUUGGAGUUGGCGACAAUGAUGAUCACUGUUCCCCAGUACAGGUUCAUUUUCCAGAGGAACAGAAAGUUUCUCAAGUUGCUUGCGGAUGGAGGCAUACACUUGCCCUUACCGAAAAGAAAAAUGUUUUCUCGUGGGGAAGGGGUACUAGUGGACAGCUCGGGAAUGGUGAAAUAGUUGACAGGAACACACCGGUGAUGAUUGAUGCCUUAAGCCCUGACGGUUCUGGCUGCAAGAAACUGGAGUCAUCAACAGCACCUCCAUUUGCAGCAAAAGUAUGGGUCUCGCCAUCAGAAAGAUAUGCUAUAGUCCCUGAUGAAAAUGUUCCUAAACGAGGUGAAGGCACGGCACGCGGCAACGGGGCUGAUGCAAAUGUACCGGAGAACGAUGUAAAGAGAAUGCGUGUGCAAUCGUAGUUCUAUGGUCCAAGGACCUUCCUUAACCGUAGUUCUUAAAAACAACAGGCGCCUUGCUUCGCUGUUCUCAUCUAGCGGUGUCCGGUUUCUGUGCAUUCCGUUCCGCCGAAGUGCUUUCCGCGAACAUCUUGAGAUGAUGCUAUGUAUCUCUCUGGUGUUGAGAUGGUACCAUUGCCCCGCUGUAAUGUUGUGUAAUUCACCUCUUAGAGGUGCCUAGCAAAGUCAGCCUGCACUGCUGUUAAGAUAUGUUUUGGAUCUUUGACAUUGCAUGGAGGCUACAAUAAGUGCUUCAUUUUCAUUUCUUCUCA